AUGGCCGAGACGCAAGAGCUGCUGCUGCAGCUGCAGAAGGACAACCGCGACGGGCGCCUGAGGAAGCAGGAGCUGGAGGAGCUGGUGCGCGGGCUCGAGGCCGAGAGCGAGAGUCUCACCGGGCGCCUGCAGGACCUGCGCGAGCGCGAGCGCAGCCUGCAGCGGAGGCGGAGCCAGGCGGCGCGGGCCCUGCGAGGGGAGGCGCGCGAGGCAGCGCGGGAGCGUGCGGAGCGGGCACGCGGACUGCUGGAAGCGGCCCAGCAGCGCAAGAGGGACCUGGUGGGGACCCGGUCCGGGAGGGCGGGGCCCUGGUGGGGCUAUGCCAGUGGAGAGGACAGGCCCUGAAUGGGGCGGGGCGGUCCUUGGAUUCAAUGGAAGAAACAACUGGAGUUAUUGGAGGCCAAGCAUUCGAUGCAGGCGGAGGGUCUGCGGCAGGGCGCACAGCGGACCGAGGAGGCCUGGGCCAGCUUCCAAGAGCAGAGCGGAGUCCUGCAGGAGCUGCAGGGGAAGGUGAUGGAGGCGGCUGCGGCGCUGGAUGCCUCGCGAGGCCUCCCGGAACUCUGCAACUCCCAGCCUCGCCGGGUGCAGGACUGCGCGGGCUCCCUCAUGGAAGAGGUGGCCAAGGCCGAAUGUGAGAAGCGGCUGUUCGGCAGCGCGGGCGCGACGGGCAUCAGCGGCUCCGACGCCGCCUUGCGCCGCCUGCGCUACACGCUGUCCCCGCUGCUGGAGCUGCGCGCGCGCGGGCUGCUGCCAGCCUAG